UUAUUGUCAAGAGAAAGCCUGAUAUGAUAGAGGUCAUUGAAAGCUGGCUGCUUUUCCCCCUUUCCUUAGGGUCUUCAGGACCCUUAGGAGCAUGCGCUUUUGGAUCUCUUGCUGGAGCUUUUCGCUGACACCAGUUCAGGGCCUGGGACCUCAAAUCUCACGCUUUAAGGCCUAGCUCAAGCUCCAAGUACUGUCCUAGAAGACAUCGCUGAUCCUCCUUCAUAUCGACGCCGGGUCUAGCCGGAGUUCCACCACUAAGUCGCUGUUUAUCUUUGAGAAAGGAACUUCUCCGGUUCUCGUUCUUCCAUCGAUAAAAUGAAAAGGUUAUACUAGACGACCAACUGUCCGGCUCUAAUGUUUUGUGAUUCUAAGAGCUAAAUCCAUGUUCUAGUUCUGUUUCGCAGCUCAUCCAACAACCCGAACGGCAGCCGAUGCCCGCGGCCCAGUGGCUCGGCAGAAACCCAGGCCGCAGUCAGGGUGGGACGCACCGGCACCGGCGCAUCUACCUCACUCGGGAGACGCCUGACCUUCCUCAGUACACCCGCCCUCCGGUCAUUUCCGGCCUUUUCCAGAUCCUCUUCCGGGACACUUGCUCGCGUGUGAUCCUGCCCCUCGUCCACUCCUCCGAGCUAAUUGGCUGUUUCUUUGAGGAAGCGGCGCAUUUUCUGAGGCUGAUUGGUUCCCGUCAUUGUUGACAGGUUUGUUACAAACAAGGCGUGCCCGGUCUCCAGGGUAACGGCCCACCGAUAGUCCCGAUUGGUGGAUGUCCUAAUCCCAUCUUCCGUGCUAACUGCGACUGGUUGAGUCCCUGGCGGGGCGCGGCGGUGGUAGGUGUCGCGUCCGGGGUUCCCGGGCUGACGUGGCUCGAGCUGGGAGGGGGGGAGCUGGAGCCUCCGGCUGCAGCCGUUUCCAGAAAUGCUGAGCCGAUUAUCAGGGUUAGCAAAUGUUGUUCUGCAUGAAUUAUCAGGAGAUGACACUGAUCAGAACAUGAGGACUCCCUUAGACCCUGAAUUACCACAGGAAUCAGACAUGGAAUUUAAUAAUAGAACACAAGAGGAUGUUCUGGAGCGCCUGGCUUAUUCAGAGCAGCUGGUGGAGGAGCUAAAAGAGAUUAUUAGGCAGAAGGAUGCUCAACUCCAGGAGAAGGAUGAAGCCCUACAGGAAGAAAGAAAGGCAGCCGAUAAUAAAAUAAAAAAACUAAAACUUCAUGCUAAGGCCAAAUUAACCUCUUUGAAUAAACACAUAGAAGAAAUGAAGGCGCAAGGAGGGACUGUAGUGACUGCAGAACUCCCGUCAGAGGAGCAACACUCCAAGCAUGACAGGAGUUCUACGGAAGAAGAGAUGGAAGUGGAAAAGAUGAAACAUAAACUCCAAGAGAAAGAGGAACUAAUUAGCAGUUUACUGGACCAACUUGCCCGUGCACAGGCAGAGCAAACAGCACAGUUGGAUAAGAAUUCUACAGAGAUGGAAGAAUUUGUAAAGAUGAAACAACAACUCCAGGAGAAGGAGGAACUCAUUAGCACUUUGCAAGACCAGCUCAGCCAGACGCAGGCAGAGCAAGCUGCACAGUUGAGUUCCAUGCAGCAGGUGGUCCGAGAGAAAGAUGCCCGCUUUGAGACACAAGUUCGUCUUCAUGAAGAUGAGCUUCUUCAGUUAGUAACCCAGGCAGAUGUGGAAACAGAGAUGCAACAGAAAUUGAGGGUUCUGCAGAGGAAGCUUGAAGAACACGAAGAAGCCUUGCUGGGUCGUGCUCAGGUUGUGGACUUGCUGCAACAGGAGCUGACUGCUGCUGAGCAGAGAAACCAGAGUCUCUCUCAGCAAUUACAGCAGAUGGAAGCUGAGUAUAAGACUUUAAAGAACACUCUGGAAACAGAAAGGCAGGAGUCUAAGAUUCUGAUGGAAAAGAUGGAACUUGAAGUGGCAGAGAGAAAACUAUCCUUCCAUAACCUGCAGGAAGAAAUGCAUCAUCUUUUGGAACAGUCUGAACAAGCAGGCCACGUUCAGGCUGAACUGGAGUCUCGGUACAAUGGUUUGGAACAGAAGCACAAAGCAGAAAUGGAAGAGAAGAUUUCUCACAUUUUGAGUCUUCAAAAGACUGAACAAGAGCUACAGUCUGCCUGUGGUGCUCUAAAGGAUCAAAAUUCAAAGCUGCUCCAGGAAAAGAACGAACAGGCAGUUCAGUCAGCCCAGGCCAUUGAGCAGUUGGAAGAUCAACUUCAACAGAAAUUGGAAGAAAUGAAGCAAUUUCUAAAUAAACCAGCCUUGCAAAAACAUGAAACAGCUUCUCAGACUUCUUUCCCAGAUGCUUAUAAUGAGGGCUCACAGGCAGUCACUGAGGAGAGUAUUGCCUCUUUACAGAAGAGAGUGAUGGAGCUAGAGAAUGAGAAGGGAGCGUUGCUUCUUAGUUCUGUAGAGCUGGAGGAGCUGAAAGCUCAGAAUGAAAAACUGUCUUCUCAGAUUGCUCUCCUUGAGGCUCAGAAUAGAACUGGGGAAGCAGAUAGAGAAGUAUAUGAGAUCAGCAUGGUUGAUGUUACCGGGCUCAACAAGAGUAACUCUUCUGAGGAAAAUGGACAAGAUGUUCUAGAGAACACGAUUUCUCAGAAACAUAAAGAAUUAUCAGUUUUAUUGCUGGAAAUGAAAGAAGCCCAGGAGGAAAUUGCAUUUCUUAAAUUGCAACUUCAGGGCAAAAGGACUGAGGGGGACCAUGAGGUUCUUGACGAGACAGAAAGUGUGGGAAUACCUCCAGUUAGAAUGAAAGUAUCUCUUGACAACACAGAACAGGAUUUUCCCCUAAUGCCAAAUGAAGAGAGCAGUCUUCCAGCAGUUGAAAAAGAACAGGCAAGCACUGAACAACAAAACAGAACAUCUGAGGAAAUAUCUUUAAAUGACACUGGAAUAGAAUUGAAAUCACCAAAGGAGGAGGAUGUUGACAAACCCCUGAUAUCCAUAUCAGAUACUGGUCAGUGUCCCCAGGAUGAAUUGGAAAAGUUAAAAAGUCAAAUUUUGGAGCUUGAGAUGAACUUUUGUAAAGCAGAAGAAAACUAUGAGAAAAAUUUAGAUGCAAAAAGUAAGGAAAUUAGCAGCUUAACCCAAUUGAUUGAAGAGUUUAAGAAAAAUGCUGAAAACACCAACGGUGCACUCACCGCUUUGUCUGAAGAAAGAGAUCAGCUUCUUUCUCAGGUGAAGGAACUUAGUCUCAUAACAGAACUGAGAACACAAGUAGGACAACUGGAAACAAACCUUGCAGAAGUAGAAAGGCAAAGACGAUCUGACUAUGAAAGCCAAACUGCUCAUCAAAAUCUGCUGACCGAACAAAUCCAUAGUCUCAGCAUAGAAGCCAAAUCUAAAGAUGUGAAAAUCGAGGCUUUACAGAAUGAACUGGAUGUUGUGCAGCAUCAGUCUUCUGAGCAGAAUUCACUGAUAAAAAGUCUGCAGAGCCAGCUGCAAAAGAAAGAGAAUGAAGUUCUUGAGGGGGCAGAACGAGUGAAGGAUAUCUCAAAUAGGAUGGAAGAACUUUCACAGACUCUUUCACAGAAGGAACUUGAAAUAGCAAAAAUGGAUCAACUCUUACUAGAGAAAAAGAGAGAUGUAGAAACCCUUCAACAAACCAUUGAGGAGAAGGAUCAGCAAGUGACAGAAAUCAGCUUUAGUAUGACUGAAAAAAUGGUUCAGCUUAAUGAAGAGAAGUUUUCUCUUGGAGUUGAAAUUAAGACUCUUAAAGAACAACUGAAUUUAUUAUCCAGAGCUGAAGAAGCAAAAAAAGAACAUGUGGAAGAAGAUAAUGAAGUUGUUUCUGGCCUUAAACAUAAUUAUGAUGAGUUGAGCCCAGCAGGGCUAAUAAGUAAAGAAGAACUUCAGCAUGAAUUAGACCUUCUGAAGAAAGAAAGUGAGCAGAGAAAGAGAAAGCUCCAGGCAGCUCUUAUUAACAGAAAGGAACUUCUACAAAGAGUCAGUAGAUUAGAAGAGGAAUUAGCGAAAGUGAGAGAUGAAUCAAGGAAAGAGAUUCCACUCACUGAGAGUGAGGGGAAAGACAUGGAGGGAGAUAAAGAGAACAAAGAAGACUCAGAAAAAUGUGUGGCUUUGAAAUGCCAAGAAAUAGAAAUGUCUUUGAAACAGACAAUAUCUGAGAAAGAAGUAGAACUAGAAAAUAUAAGGAAGGAUUUGGAAGAAAAAAUGGUAGUUGAAGAACAAUUACAGGCUAUGGUCAAACAGAUGAAUCAGAACUUGCAAGACAAGACAAACCAAAUAGAUAUGCUCCAAGCAGAAAUAACUGAAAACCAAGCAAUUAUCCAGAAGUUAACCACAGAUAACAAGGAUGCAGGUGAUGGAGACUCAACAGCACUUGCAAAAGAAACAGUGGUGAUCAGUCCACCUGAUGCAGGUAGUGGAGAACACUGGAAACCGGAACUGGAAGAAAAGAUAGUGGACCUUGAGAAAGAAAAGGAACAACUUCAAAAGAAGCUACAGGAAGUCAUAACCUCCCGCAAAGCAAUUCUAAAAAAGGCACAGGAGAAAGAAAGACAUCUUAGAGAGGAGCUAAGGCAACAGAAAGAUGACUAUAACCACCUGCAAGAGCAGUUUAGUGAGCAGAGCAAGGAAAAUGAGAACAUUGGAGCCCAGCUAAGGCAGCUCCAGAUUCAAGUAAGAGACUCCAUAGACAGAAAACCCCCAGGCUCUGAUCAGCAUGAACCAGGCUUUCCCAUUCAAGGUUUAGAAGAAUCUUUAUUCAAAACCACAGAACAGUGUCCCAUGCAACCUAUUUUAGAGUCUGAUUUGUGUCCAGACUUGCUCUCACAUCCUACAUCUGCAGAUACUUUGCAGGGCAAUACUUUUAUUGCCCAGCUUAAGACCCAGAUAAAAGAAAUGGAAGCUGAGAAAGAGGAGCUCGAAUUGAAAGUUAAUUCUACAACAGAUGAGCUUACUAAAAAAUUAGAAGAGGUAAUUCAGUUGCAAGAACAGAUUAAUAAGCAAGAGUUAGAAAUACAGAGUCUGAAGACAGCGUCCCUUGAAGCUGAUGCUUAUGCAGACAGCCUGAAGCAGAAGUUGGAAAGCAGUCAAUUUGAAAUUGCUGGCUUAGAACAUCUAAGAAAACUACAGCCUGAACUAGAUGAACUGCAAAAACUUAUAAGUGAAAAGGAAGAAGAAAUUAGUUACCUUUCUGGACAGCUUACUGAGAAAGAAGACACCCUUAAUAAAAUACAAACAGAGGUAGUAGAACAAGAGGAUUUAAUUAAGGCUCUGCAUACACAACUGGAAAUGCAAGCCAAAGAGCAUAAUGAGAGGAUAAAGCAGUUACAGGUGGAAUCUUGUGAAAUGAAGCAAAAAGCAGAAGAGAAUGAAGAAAGUAAAGCAAAGCAGCACAUACAGAGGAAACUGCAGGCAGCCCUUAUUUCCCGAAAAGAAGCACUGAAAGAAAACAAAAGUCUCCAAGAGGAGUUAUCUUUGACCAGAAAUACCAUUGAGCACCUCACCAAAUCUCUGGCCGAUAUGGAAAGCCAAGUUGCUGCUCAAAAUAAAGAGAAAGAUAUAUUCUUAGGAAAGUUAUCUCUUCUUCAAGAAGAAAGAGACAAACUCAUUACAGAAAUGGAUAGGUCUCUCCUGGAAAAUCAAAGUCUUAAUGGCUCUUGUGAAAGUCUAAAAUUAGCUCUAGAGGGUCUUACUGAAGACAAAGAAAAGUUAGUGAAGGAAAUCGAGUCUUUGAAAUGUUCUAAGAAUGCAGAAAGCACUGAGUGGCAAGAGAAACACAAGGAGCUACAGAAAGAGUAUGAAAUUCUUCUGCAGUCCUAUGAGAAUGUUAGUAAUGAAGCAGAACGGAUUCAGCAUGUGGUGGAAACCGUGAGGCAAGAGAAGCAAGAGUUAUAUGGCAAGUUAAGAAGCACAGAAGCAAACAAGAAAGAGGCAGAAAAGCAGUUGCAGGAAACUGAACAAGAAAUGGAGGAAAUGAAAGAAAAGAUGCGCAAGUUUGCUAAAUCUAAACAGCAGAAAAUUCUAGAGCUGGAAGAAGAGAAUGACCGGCUCAGAGCAGAAGUACACCCUGCAGGAAGUACAGCCAACGAAUGUAUGGAAGCCCUUGUUUCUUCCAAUUCCAACAUGAAGGAGGAACUAGAAAGGGUCAGAGUGGAGUAUCAAACCCUUUCUAAUAAGUUUGAGGCUUUAAUGGCUGAGAAAGAUUUACUAAGUAAAGAGGUUCAAGAUUUAAAACUGCAGAUAGAAAAUAAUGUAUCUGAACAAGCUUCCCUAGAGGCCACUGAGAAACAUGAUAACCAAAUGGAUACCACUGAAAAGGCCACACAGUUGGUGCCAGGUGAGGUUAAAGAACAAGACUCUUGGGGUAUGAACACAAGACCUGAAUAUUCAGAACCUGUUAUCACCGAGGAUAGUGCUAAGCCUAAUAUAAGUGAAAAUUUCAGCUCACAUGAUGACAUUAAUAACCACCUACAGCAGAUUGAUCAGCUGAAAGAGAGAAUUGCUGAGUUGGAGGAGGAGACACAGCAAAACAAGGCAUUUAGCCAGACUUUAGAAAAUGAGAAAAAUGCCUUACUGAGUCAAAUAUCAAUAAAGGAUGAUGAGCUAAAAAUGCUUCAGGAAGAAGUAACCAAGAUAAAUCUGUUAAAUCAGCAAAUCCAAGAAGAACUCUCCAGAGUUACCAAACUAAAGGAGACAGCAGAAGAAGAGAAAGAUGAUUUAGAAGAGAGGCUUAUGAAUCAAUUAGCAGAACUUAAUGGAAGCAUUGGGAAUUACUAUCAGGAUGUUACAGAUGCCCAAAUAAAAAACGAGUUACUGGAAUCCGAAAUGCAGAACCUUAGAAAGUGUAUGAGUGAAUUGGAAGAAGAAAAGCAGCAGUUAGUCAAGGAAAAAACCAAGGUAGAAUCAGAAAUACGAAAGGAAUAUUUGGAGAAAAUGCAAGGUGCUCAGAAAGAACCUGCCAGUAAAAGCCAUGCAAAGGAACUUCAGGAGCUGUUAAAAGAAAAACAACAAGAAGUAAAGCAGCUGCAGAAGGACUGCAUCAGGUAUCAAGAGAAAAUUAGUGCUCUGGAGAGAACUGUUAAGGCCCUAGAAUUUGUUCAGACCGAAUCCCAAAAAGAUAUGGAGGUAACCAAAGAAAAUCUGGCUCAAGCAGUUGAAGACCGCAAAAAAGCACAAGCAGAAUUAGCUAGCUUCAAAGUAGUGCUAGAUGACACUCAAAGUGAAGCAGCAAGGGUCCUAGCAGACAACCUCAAGUUGAAAAAGGAACUUCAGUUGAACAAAGAAUCGGUGAAAAGCCAAAUGAAACAAAAGGAUGAAGAUCUUGAGCGAAGACUAGAGCAGGCAGAAGAGAAGCACCUGAAAGAGAAGAAAAAUAUGCAAGAGAAACUGGAUGCUUUGCAUAGAGAAAAAGUCCGCUUGGAAGAGACAUUUGGGGAAGUUCAGGUUACUUUGAACACGAAAGACAAGGAAGUUAAGCAACUUCAGGAAAACUUGGACAGUACUGUGGCCCAGCUUGCUGCCUUCACUAAGAGCAUGUCUUCCCUCCAGGAUGAUCGAGACAGAGUGAUAGAUGAAGCCAAGAAGUGGGAAAGGAAAUUCAGUGAUGCAAUUCAAACCAAAGAAGAAGAAAUUAGACUCAAAGAGGAAAAUUGCAAUGUUCUAAAGGAUCAGCUUAGACAAACAUCCAUCCACAUGGAGGAACUGAAGAUUAAUAUUUCCAGGCUUGAACAUGACAAGCAAGUUUGGGAAUCGAAGGCCCAAACAGAGGUCCAGCUUCAACAGAAGGUCUGUGAUGCUUUGCAGGGGGAAAAUAAAGAACUUUUGUCCAAACUAGAAGAGACUCGACACCUGUACCACAGUUCUCAGAAUGAAUUAACUAAGUUGGAAUCAGAACUUAAGAGUCUCAGAGAUCAAUCAGCUGAUUUAAAUAACUCUUUAGAAAAAUCUAAGAAAGAUAAAGAAAAUUUGGAAGGGGUCAUAAAACAGCAAGAGGUUGAUAUCCAGAAUUGUAAGUUCAGUUAUGAACAACUGGAGACUGAUCUUCAGGCCUCCAGAGAGCUGACUAGUAGACUUCAUGAAGAAAUAAACAUGAAAGAGCAGAAGAUUAUAAACCUGCUUUCUGGCAAGGAAGAGGCAAUCCAAGUAGCUGUUGCCAAAAUGCAGCAGCAACAUGAUAAAGAAAUUAAAGAACUAGAAAACCUGUUGUCCCAGGAAGAAGAGGAGAAUAUUGUCUUAGAAGAGGAGAACAAAAAAGCUCUUGACAAAACCAAUCAGCUUACGGAAACCCUGAAAGCCAUCAAAAAGGAAAACAUUCAGCAGAAGGCUCAGUUGGAUUCUUUUGUUAAAUCCAUGUCUUCUCUCCAGAAUGACCGUGACCGCAUAGUAGGUGAUUAUCAACAGCUGGAAGAACGACAUCUCUCUGUAAUCUUGGAAAAAGACCAACUCAUCCAGGAAGCUGCUGCUGAGAAUAAUAAGCUUAAGGAAGAAAUUCGAGGUUUGAGAAGUCAUAUGGAUGAUCUCAAUUCUGAGAAUGCCAAGCUAGAUGCAGAACUCAUCCAGUAUAGAGAAGACCUGAACCAAGUGAUAUCAAUAAAGGACUGUCAGCAAAAGCAACUCCUCGAAGCUCAGCUUCAGCAAAAUAAGGAGCUGAAAAAUGAAUAUGUUAAGUUAGAAGAAAAACUGAAGGAGUCUGAGGAAGCAAAGGAAGACCUGCAGAAGUCCUCUAAUGCCCUACAAGAGGAGAGACAAGGUUUAUUUAAAGAGAUUGAGAGCUUGAAAGUAUCUAUUACUCAACUAAAGAAACAAGUGACCACCUUACAAGAAGAAGGCACUUUAGGAGUAUAUCAUGCCCAGUUGAAAGCAAAAGAAGAGGAGGUACAGAGAUUAUGUACUACGCUUUCUUCAUCUCAGAAGAGAAUUACGGAACUGGAAGAGGAAUUGAUUCGCGUUCAAAAGGACGCAGCCAAGAAGGUAGGUGAAAUUGAAGAUAAACUGAAGAAAGAAUUAAAGCAUCUUCAUCAUGAUGCAGGCAUAAUGCGCAAUGAAACUGAAACAGCAGAAGAGAGAGUGGCAGAGCUAGCAAGAGAUCUGGUGGAGAUGGAACAGAAAUUACUUAUGGUCACCAAAGAAAAUAAAGAUCUCACCGCACAAAUUCAGUCCUUUGGAAAGUCUAUGAGUUCCUUGCAAGAUAGUAGAGACCAUGCUAAUGAGGAGCUUGAUGAACUCAAAAGGAAAUAUGAGGUCAAUCUGAAGGAGUUGGCACAGCUGAGAGGACAACAGGGUCCCUUAAACAGCGAAAAGGAUGUUCUUUCUAAAGCUGCCCUUCCAGUGAACUCCACUGAGGAUAUUAGCUUGUCUCACCUUGAGAAACUUAACCAGCAGCUGCAAUCCAAAGAUGAACAACUGCUUCACUUGUCCUCACAGCUUGAAGAUUCUUACAACCAAGUGCAGUCCUUUUCCAAGGCUAUGGCCAGUCUACAGAAUGAGAGAGAUCACCUGUGGAAUGAGCUUGAGAAGUUCCGAAAGUCAGAGGAAGGGAAGCAGAGAUCUGUGGCCCAGCUGGCCACCACCCCACCUGAAGUACAGAGUUUAAAAAAAGCCAUGUCUUCACUGCAAAAUGACAGAGACCGACUUCUAAAGGAACUGAAGAAUCUGCAACAGCAAUAUUUACAGAUUAAUCAAGAGAUCACUGAGUUACGCCCACUGAAGACUCAACUUCAGGAGUAUCAAGAUAAGACAAAAACAUUUCAGAUUAUGCAAGAAGAACUCAGGCAGGAAAACCUCACCUGGCAGCAUGAGCUGCAUCAGCUCAGGAUGGAGAAGAAUUCCUGGGAAAUUCAUGAGAGGAGGAUGAAAGAGCAAUAUCUUAUAGCUAUUUCAGAUAAAGAUCAACAGCUCAGUCAUCUACAGAAUCUUUUGAGGGAAUUCAAAUCAUCUUCUGCCCAGACUCAGGCCCUCCAAGUGCAAUACCAAAGACAGGCAUCCCCAGAGACAUCAGCUUCCCUCGAUGGGUCACAAAACCUAGUUUAUGAAACAGAACUUCUCAGGACUCAGCUCAAUGACAGCUUAAAGGAAAUUCACCAAAAGGAAUUACGGAUUCAGCAACUGAACAGCAAAUUCUCUCAGCUACUCGAAGAGAAAAACACCCUUUCCAUUCAGCUCUGUGAUACUAAUCAGAGUCUUCGCGAGAGCCAGCAGCACUACAGUGACCUUUUUAAUCACUGCGCAGUCUUGGAGAAACAAGUCCAAGAGCUGCAGACGGGGCCGCUAAAUAUAGAUGUUGCUCCUGGAGCUCCCCAGGAAAAGAGCGGCAUUCACAGAAAGAGUGAUCCUGAGGCCCUGGGGGAGUCACAGCGAAGCUUUACUGAAACCCAGCAGCAGCUGUGCAACACUAAACAGGAAGUGAAUGAAUUAAGGAAGCUGCUGGAAGAAGAACGAGACCAGAGGGCUGCUGCUGAGAAUGCCCUGUCUGUGGCUGAGGAACAGAUCAGGCGGUUGGAGCACACCGACUGGGACUCUGCCAGGACUCCUAUCAUUGGCUCCUGUGGCACUCAGGAGCAGGCACUGCUCAUAGAUCUCACAAGCAACAGCUGUCGAAGGACCCGGAGUGGUGCUGGAUGGAAGCGAGUCCUGCGUUCUCUCUGCCAUUCGCGAACCCGAGUGCCACUGCUUGCAGCCGUCUACUUUCUGAUGGUCCAUGUCCUCCUCGUUCUGUGUUUCACGGGCCAUCUAUAAACUGAGUUGUCACUUUUUGGGCCAUUUCCCUCAGAACUUGAACUUCCCUCACCUCUAACAUCAGAGCUAUCAAUCCCAUUGGUCUUGCUGCUUACAGGUCAUUUCUCCAACUCUCUACAGAAAGUGCCUGCAAAAACAGGUAGAUAUGAGCACAGGCUGGACCAGACUCUACUGUCUUCUACUGCCCAGGUCCUGGACACUACUUAAUCUCAGAAGCCUCACAGUUGGUUUGUUGGUGCCAUAUUUUGUUCAGAUUUUUCAGGACCCUGAUCUUUUUUGGAGAGGUUUCUGCUAUAGGGCGUGUGCGCUCGCCAGACAGACAGAGAGAGACAUAGAGACAGAAAGUGAGAAAUCACCCCCUAGGGGGGA